AUGAUGAAGCGGCUCUUCUGGCUGCUUUCAGGCUUAAACAGAAGAAUGAUGAAGCUACUUUUUGCUCUCGCUUUGAUUGCCUACAUAGCCUCUGUUUGGGGAACUUACACUAACAUGAGAUCAAUACAAGAAAAUGGAGAUGUGAAGAUUGAACAGAAAAUUAAUGAAGCUGUCGCUCCUUUGAGAGAGAAGAUUCGGGAUCUGGAACAAAGUUUUUCACAGAAAUAUCCACCAGUGAAAUUUCUCUCGGAAAAAGAUCGAAAGAGAAUUUUGAUCACAGGAGGGGCUGGUUUUGUGGGUUCCCAUCUGACUGACAAACUGAUGAUGGAUGGCCAUGAGGUGACCGUGGUUGAUAACUUUUUCACAGGGAGAAAACGCAACGUGGAGCACUGGAUCGGUCAUGAAAACUUUGAACUCAUCAAUCAUGACGUGGUGGAGCCCCUUUAUAUAGAGGUGGACCAGAUCUAUCACCUGGCUUCUCCAGCCUCUCCUCCUAACUACAUGUACAAUCCCAUUAAAACACUCAAGACCAACACGAUUGGUACUCUGAACAUGCUUGGGUUGGCCAAACGAGUGGGUGCAAGACUUCUACUGGCCUCCACAUCUGAGGUUUAUGGAGAUCCAGAGGUACAUCCCCAAAAUGAGGACUACUGGGGCCAUGUCAAUCCAAUUGGUCCUCGUGCGUGCUAUGACGAGGGAAAACGUGUAGCAGAGACAAUGUGCUAUGCCUACAUGAAGCAGGAGGGUGUGGAGGUUAGAGUGGCAAGAAUCUUCAACACGUUUGGUUCGCGAAUGCACAUGAAUGACGGGCGAGUCGUCAGUAAUUUCAUCCUCCAGGCGCUACAAGGAGAACCUCUCACUGUGUAUGGUACUGGAUCCCAGACUCGAGCCUUCCAGUAUGUGAGCGACCUCGUAAACGGCCUUGUGUUGCUGAUGAACAGCAACAUCAGCAGCCCGGUCAAUCUGGGAAACCCAGAAGAACACACCAUACUGGAGUUUGCCCAACUCAUCAAAAGUCUUGUUGUGAGCCGGAGUCAGAUCCAGUUUCUGUCGGAGGCCCAGGAUGAUCCCCAGAGGAGGCGACCCGACAUCCGCAAAGCCAAGAUGAUGCUUGGCUGGGAGCCUGUGGUGCCGCUGGAGGAGGGUUUGAACAAAACUAUCCAGUAUUUCAGCAGAGAACUAGAACACCAGGCCAACAACCAGUACAUCCCCAAACCUAAAGCUGCCCGCAUGAAGAAAGGAAGACCCAGACACAACUGAGAGGCAGAAGUCUGCUCUGCUGUACAUUCUUCUACCUUUAGAGACUCCCCUGGGGAGCUUCUCUUUGGCGUACCCUGCUGAGUAGAGCACCUUUUUGGAAGUGUCCUUUCUCCUUUUACGGACACGAAGACGGCUUUCUCUCCCUUUUUAAAGCUGUUGAUACCUUGUGUCUGUGCGGCGGAUGUGAUUCAGUGAGAUUUCACUCACUGAGGCUUUCACAACCGAUGGACCGGCCUGAUCAAGAAGGCAACGUGUUGGAGCAAAGCAUUUAAAAUACAGCCUGUUGUUGUUUCUGUUUAUUUUUAUGGGGUUGUGAUGUUUUUGCUAUUUAAUGCACUGCGAUGAGAAUCCUUCAAGCAGACCAAGCCAUGAAGAAAGUAUUGGUGUUCAUGGGUUUCUUGGUGUUGUGCGUGCGGAUGGGACUUGCCUACGUCUUUUUUUUCUUCCUCUGGACAUCUCAUUGUGUCCAUCUGCCAGGCCUGCAGUGCACAGCAGGUUUGGGACAAAUCCUCCAGCUCAGCUGUUUACGGCGCCAUUAUUGUUUUUAAAGAUAUCGUGUUUGUGAAAUGUUCCUGUCAGGGCGUGCCGUAUCGUAUUGAUGUGAAGAUGCUAUUUUAAUAAACUAUUUCCAGUA